AUGAAACGUGCCACUCUGGAGCUUGGUGGUAACGCGCCCUUUAUUGUCUUCGAGUCGGCCGACCUCACAAAAGCGGUUGAUCAAGUGAUCGCCUCAAAGUUCCGCUGCUCUGGUCAGACCUGCAUUUGCGCCAAUCGCAUCAUCGUCCAAGAGCCUAUAUAUGAUCAGUUUGUGCUGCUCCUUACGGAAGCUGUUUCGAAACUGCAGCUUGGUGUCCAUCAAGGCCCCCUCAUCAAUAAGGCCGCGCUCAAUAAGGUCUCUUGUUUAUUUUUUUCUAUUUUAUUGACUGUGACCUCACCGCUCGCUUCAGCCAAAACAAUAUCCUGCAUUGCCGCUGAUGUCGGUGUUUUGGUUUCCAAACUUGUGGAGUCCUCUAUCAGUGAGGGUGCCGUGCCUACAAUCGGUGGAAAGUCUCUGAGUGAUGGCCGCAAAGGCUUUUUCUAUCCGCCAUCCGUCCUUCGUAACUGCACUCCUAAGAUGGCCUGUGGAAGAGAAGAGAUCUUUGGACCUGUCGCUCCCGUUAUCAGCUUUCGUACAGAAGAGGAGGCUCUCGAAAUUGCGAAUUCGACACCCUAUGGACUAGCCGCCUACAUGUUUAGCAGAGAUCCUGCACAGUGUUGGCGCGUUUCCGAAGGUCUACAAGCCGGCCUCGUAGGCGUCAACAGUGGUAUGGUCAGCACUCCAGAGGCUCCCUUUGGUGGGGUGAAACAGUCGGGUAUCGGGCGUGAGGGAGGACCACACGCCCUCACGGAAUUCAUGGAUGUGAAAUAUACCUGCUGGGGCGACAUCAACUGA